AUGGUCAAUCAUCAACAUGUUAAUGUUAUUAGUGAGGAUCCUACAGUAAUAGUAACGCCUAAUCCAUCUACAGUUUUAGAUGAAAAGGUUUUGACAGACGCUGUUAAAAUCGAUUUACGAGAUCAUCUUACACCUCAUAAUGAUACCUCUAAUCCUUUCGCUUUUACACCCGAGCAACUAUCAGCUUUAAUGGAUCCUAAAAACUUACCUUUAUUACGUUCAUAUGGUGGAUUAGAAGGCGUAGCUCGUGGUCUUCAUAGUGAUCUUCAAAAGGGUUUAAUCCCUUACACGUCACCUCAUCAAAAUAUUACUCUUAAUCAAAUAUUCAAAGAAAAGGAUGAUUCUGUUUAUGUUGAAGAAGUUGAAUGCAAAAGGACACCUACACUACAUUCAUUGGCUAGACAAUUAACACAUCGAACCGAUAUCUCUGUACCAACACCAGAUACUGCUGCGUUCCCUCAAAGAAAGGAAUUUUUUGGUACAAAUACUCUCCCUGAUGCUAAAUCUAAAAGUAUUUUUCAUCUCAUGUGGAUUGCCUUUCAAGACAAGACUUUGAUCCUUUUAGCUGUUGCUGCUGUAGUAUCUUUAGGCGUAGGUCUGUAUGAAGAUAUCGCUGUUCCAGAAUAUGAUACAUUUGGAAAUCGUAUUCCUGGCGUAAAAUGGGUUGAAGGCGUUGCUAUUAUUGUUGCUAUUUUGCUUGUUAUUCUGGUUGGUAGUAUUAAUGACUAUCAGAAAGAAAAACAAUUCCGUAAACUUAAUGCUAAAAAAGAAAAUCGUGCUGUCAAGGCUACUCGUAAUUCUACUAUUAUCAUGAUUUCUAUUCAUGAUAUUCAAGUAGGAGAUAUUCUUCAUCUGGAGCCUGGUGAUAUUGUUCCUACUGAUGGUAUAUUUAUUGAAGGGCAUAAUCUUAAAUGCGAUGAGUCUGCUGCUACAGGAGAAUCGGAUGCUGUUCGUAAGCAACCCUGGCAAGUAUGUGAGCGCUUAGCAAUGAUGCAAGUUAAAGAAGAUGAAAAGCGAACUCGUGAUCUUACUCCUGGAUCCUCUUCUUCAUCUGAAGAUGCUCAUAAGUCAAAUCCAUCAGACCCUAUUGUAGAGCACAGAUCGAAUUCAGAUCCAUUCAUUAUCUCGGGUUCUAAAGUGUUAGAAGGUAUUUGUAGUUAUCUUGUAACUGGUAUUGGUGAAAACUCAUAUUAUGGCCGUACAAUGAUGGCGCUUCGUUCUGAGCCUGAAAGUACACCUUUACAAGAGAAAUUAAAUGCUUUAGCUGAACUAAUUGCUAAAUUGGGGUCUGCUGCUGGUUUAUUAAUGUUGAUUGUUUUGCUUAUACGUUACUUUGCCAGUUGGAGAUAUGGUGUUCCUGACCAGCCAACUGAAAUUGUUAUGGAUAUAAUGAAAAUUUUAAUUGUCGUUGUCACAAUUGUUGUUGUGGCUGUUCCUGAAGGCUUGCCUUUGGCUGUUACACUUGCUCUUGCUUAUGCAACUCAACGAAUGCUGAAAGAUAACAACCUGGUUCGUGUAUUGGCCGCAUGUGAGACAAUGGGAAAUGCUACUACAGUAUGUUCGGAUAAAACAGGCACAUUGACACAAAAUAAAAUGACUGUGGUUGCAGGAACCUUUGGGUCUUCUUUUCGAUUCAUAAAGAACCCACCUUCAUCUCGGUCCGAUUUAAUUGAUAUCAAAAACGUGUCUAGUGCCGCACCCAAGGAAGUGCUUAAUAUCAUAAAUCAAUCCAUUGCUGUCAAUUCUACUGCGUUUGAAGGAGAAAAUGAAAAAGGAGAGCCUUGUUUUAUAGGAAAUAAAACCGAGACAGCCCUCUUGCAAUUUUCUCGUGAUACCAAAGCUGAGCAUUAUGAUGUCCUUCGUUCACGAUGGCCUAUUGAACAGGUAUAUCCUUUUAGUUCAGAGAGGAAGGCAAUGGCAACAGUGUUGCAAAUCCCACAUACUACUCAAUCUGGGAAAGUGAUGUACCGAGUACAUAUAAAGGGUGCAUCUGAAAUCAUCUUGGGACUUUGCUCUUCUAUAUUAACCCUUCAAAAAUUAACAAACAAAGAUAGCAACCAUGGGAAUGAUGACUAUCAAGGGGCUAGCUCUCGUGAUUUAACUGAAGAUGAUAAAGAUAGAAUUGAACGUAUCAUUCAAAGUUAUGCUACUCGUAGUCUAAGAACUAUUAGCAUUGCCUAUCGUGACUUUGAACAAUGGCCACCUAAGGGUCCUAGUAAGAAUGUAGAUGAUGAUGUACCUUAUGAAAAUCUUGUUGAAGAUAAAGGUUUAACUUUUCUUGGUGUUGUUGGUAUUGAAGAUCCUCUUCGAGAAGGUGUUCCUGAAGCAGUACAAGCUUGUCAACGUGCAGGUGUAUUCGUGCGUAUGGUGACAGGUGAUAAUGUUGUUACCGCAAAAUCCAUUGCUAAACAGUGUGGUAUCUAUACUCCUGGUGGUAUCGUGAUGGAAGGUCCUACUUUUCGUAAACUCCCGUUAUCAGAGAUGGAUAAUAUUCUACCUCGGCUUCAAGUUUUAGCUCGUUCAAGUCCAGAAGAUAAACGUAUUCUUGUUAGUCGACUUCGUGAGCUAGGCGACAUUGUCGCUGUCACUGGCGAUGGUACAAAUGAUGGACCUGCUUUGAAGAUGGCUGAUGUGGGCUUCUCUAUGGGUAUUGCUGGUACAGAGGUAGCUAAGGAAGCAUCUAGUAUUAUUCUAAUGGAUGACAAUUUUUCAAGUAUUGUCAAGGCUAUCAUGUGGGGCCGUUGUGUAAACGACUCUGUGAAAAAAUUUUUAGAAUUUCAAAUUACAGUCAACAUUGUCGCUGUCAUCCUAACUUUUAUUUCAGCUGUUGCAAGUCCAGAACAAAAAUCUGUCUUAACUGCGGUUCAACUUUUGUGGGUUAACUUGAUUAUGGAUACCUUUGCUGCACUUGCUUUAGCUACUGAUCCUCCUACCGAAGACGUAUUGGAUAGAAGACCUGAACCUCGUUCUGCUCCUCUAAUUACAUUUAAAAUGUGGAAGAUGAUUAUUGGACAAGCUAUCUUCCAGUUAGUUGUUACUCUUAUACUCUUAUAUAGUAACGUUCUUAAUUAUCCAACCGAAAGUGCUUUAUUACAAACCGUUGUCUUUAAUACUUUUGUAUUUUGUCAAAUUUUUAAUGAAAUCAAUUGUAGAAGAAUUGACAGCAAACUUAAUGUAUUCUCAAAUAUUUUGGCAAAUAAGUUCUUUAUCGUAAUUUUCUUUAUUUGUAUUAUUGGUCAAGUUAUGAUUGUUCAAUUUGGUGGUGCAGCUUUUCAAGUAGUACCACUUAAUGGUGUUAAUUGGUGUAUUGCCAUUGUAAUUGGUUUAUUAUCUUUACCUAUAGGUGUUAUCAUUCGUCUUAUUCCCGAUGAUAUCUUUGGCUUUUUAUUUUUAAACCCUGUUACUCGAGAUAGAUACUUAGGAGGUAAUACAAAUACAAUUCCAUCGGUUUAUGUUGCAGGAAAUGAACGUAUGCCAUGGGAUCCUAAUGAAAGAACUAAUACUAUGGCUUCUCGAUCUUCUAAGCAUAAUGAUAAUCAAUCAUUUGGAAAUGAUACUAUUCGUAAUCUCGAGUAA